AAACUCUGGAGUGAGUGUGGACUGUGAGUUGACGUUUUAAGACGCUUGUGUCUCUGCUUUUCCCUUCUGGUAAUUAUGUCAUAUAUGCUUUCUCAUAUGUGCACCUUGUAAUAUUUUCUCAUGUGCUGCCAUUUUUUGAACACUUUAACUCAGUAAUAAGAUGGCAUGGUGAUCAUGAAUCCAGACUACUGUUUCACACCAGCGAUACUAUUAUUGCUAUGAGUUUGACUUCAGUUUGAGUUCACUUUCCUAUCUGCGAUAUGAGUUAGGUUCUAUUUGCAUCGCAGUUGCGUUACAACCGUUGGAGUUAGUCUUGCUUUACCCAGUUACCUGUCUUGUGUGGAUAUGUUCCUGUUCGCUUUUUUGUUGUUCAUAUCCAAGUUUGUUUGCUAUGAUUGUCGUGAUAACCUCACUUAUUGUAACCAAACAAUUGAAAUAUCCUUCCAUUUCCAGCACAUGAUAUCACCUCCAUUAGUUAUAGUGCCUUUAGGAGGAACGCUUUUUUCUUAGAAUGCCUCCUCACUAUUUUCAUCGUUGCGUGCCUAACGUAUGCUAUGAUUUUGUUCAUCCCCUUGCGCUUCUUAAAAAAACCAGUGGUACCGAUUCCUACGAAGAUAAGCAGAAUUACGCGAAACCCUCCGGAAAAUGAUAUUUUUCAAACAUGUGUCAGCCUUCUUCCUUGGUCACUCAUAACCUUAGCUGAUACAAACCGCGAAACAGUGUGUUGAGCAGUUCGCUCAGGAAUCAAGUUAGACAAUCUGACCCCCCACGAAUGUCACGCUUAUGCUAUAAAACUGCUAACUCGAUCAGGUUCACAUCAUGAGGAUAGAAGGUUCUUGUUGCCCAUAUUAGCCCUUGCGAUAUAUGUCUCUGCAGAUAUCCAAUUUCUCUUUGAAAGCAUUCACUGACAGAGCUGUUACUACUGUAUCAGGUAAGGAGUUCCAGUCGUUGACCGCUCUGUAAGAAAAUCUAAAUUCAUUUCAUUCGACCUCGGUGUGAGCACCUCCUUGUAUGACCUCGUGGAUGUAUCCUAGGGGAAAAGGAAAGGUUUCAAAGGUCAAUCUCUAAAUUACCGUUUAAUAUACGGUAAGCCAAAGUUAAGUCGCCUUUCCUCCGUAUGUUAAUGGGUAGAGAUGGAUAUUUUGUGGGAUGGAUCAAUUCGAAGUAAUAAUGUCACAAAGUUGAAACUUUCAUGUGCAUGCAACCAUAAUUUGUCUCAUCCGUUGUGGUGGCACCAUGACUCAUUAGACUAUUCAUCGCAUUUAACCUGUUGGGUCACAGCCUCACGUCUUGUUCUACGUGCUGAGAUUUGUAAAGCCAGGUAGCGUCAUGAGUACUCAUGCAUGAACGAACUGGAAUUUAAACGUACAACAUUAAGAAAAGUCUAGCCGUCCAAGUUGCUAAUCUUCAUAAGGCACACAGACAGAAAUAUAUGAAAAAAAAAACAGUAUAUUAUUGUGUAAUGCAUCUGUGCCCAUGGAAGGAAUUGUAAGCCGUGUUACCAUUAGUCUCCAGCAAUUGAUUCUUGGCAUCUCGAUGACAUACGGUAGGCAGUCUAAACCUUCAUACACAGCUCAAACCAAGAGCCACAGACUUCAUGGGUUGAUGAAAUAUUUUGAUUUAGCCACUCUUUAAACUACUUAUGAACCCAAUUACUUGGUACCCAACAUCACUUGUCAAGGGAGGCGUUGACUUAUCAUGCUUAAGUUUCUUUAUAAAACUCAGUACAAGUGUGCAACAGUUCGAGUUGCCACGUUGCACAUAGCGCAUGAGAGUAAAUACAGAUUCACAACCUCUCCGUACUGACCUAACACUAAGCUUAAACUCAACAUUGCUCACCGUAUUAUACUUCUCAACACAUGAAGUAGAGCUUAAAUAUUGCACUUGCGUGCGUUGGUUUGUCUUCCUACAUGGUCUACUCGGUCUUCGUUAGCUAACUUUUCUGUUGCACAGCAUUGUAUAUUGAUCACAAUACUUUUUAAUUGCAAGUCAAAUAGAUGAUAAAACAGCAGAAAGAUAAGUGAAAAUGUCAUACUUCAGGACGCUUCUUUUCGCUACUCAACACUCUCCUCUAUGGUCUGACACCGAAGAGACAAACAUAUUUGAUUUGUAGGGAUCUGACCAGUUCCAUUAGCUGUCGGUGGCACUAUAUCUCAAACUAUCAUGAAUUUGCAACCCAGUGACUGAGUGGUAAAUGUGCUCAGCUAAUAAUCCGAUGGAUUUUGAGUGGAAUCCUGGUUUCCAAUGGCGCUCUGACUACAGCUACAAAGGUGUUUAAAUCCUAAUUCAUGCAUCAGAUGCUAGUAUACCCAUCACAGUAAACAGUGUGAUGUAGAAUUUCUCCACCAUAUUCCUAAGCUUCCAUGCCUUCCAGUUGAACAGAAGUAGUUAUGCGAAGCAAAGAGGGGAAAGUAAAAGAUAGUAUCAUAAAAUUCUUCACCACUUCGCAAAAUAAUUUAAGUUUCUUUUGUUUGUUCUUCCCAUCUCAGCUAACCAACUAAUUCUUAUAUUUUUACCGUAUAGCAUGUUCUUAUUAGCUACCUAAUACUCUGCUGAGAAUUCAUAGUCGAUUAUAAAUUCAUGGAAGGUGGUCAGCCGAUUGCUGAAGUUUGUUCAUAUUCACCUAAUAAAUGUGCCGAAGUAAUUAACGGCAGUAUGCAUUCAAGUUCAACAUCGGAUUCUGAUUAUGAAUAUCGCAAGAGAAAUAGUUAUUGUCUUAGUUGCCAAAGAAGGCCUAAAGCUUCUUUGAAGUUUAUAUUAACAAUAUGGUAUUCUCCGGAAACAAGUUCAGCUAUCGCUGAGGCUAUGUCUUCUGCUUAUACUGAAGUACAGCUACAGGAGAUCGUUUCCAGUUCAACCAAAGACAUAUUACAACUAGCUGAGAAACACUUCGCGGAUCUUAGAAUAUAGAGUGUUCAUCUACUGGCUGGUUUGUUGUUUUCUUCCUUUAUACUCCUCCUCCUUCUUUUCCAUUCUUCUCUUUCGUCUAUUCCUUCCCUCCCUCCCUUGACCCGCUAUCAUUUAUGUUUUUUUUCUUUUUUGUCAAAUCAGAGUUUCGUGUUUUCACUUCUUUUUCUUUCACCAAGAUCAAAAUGUUCUUCAAUUAAUUCAUACUUUUAAAAAAAUUGUAUAUUUUGUUAAUUCAUGUUUGUUGGUUUGUGCAUUCGUUGGCUUGAUUAAAAAAAUGAUUGUAUAAGUUAACUUAAGUGUGUGAGUAUUUGUGUACAUAGACUAUUUUCAUCAGCAACAAUUAGCUCAGACAACAACAACAACAAGACAGUGAUGCAUAAGCAUAAACUAUAUAUCUCUCAUGUUCAUGAUAUGUAUGUGUGUGUGUGUAGUAGUAAAUAAGGCAAAUAAAUAAUCCAAUGUAUUGUUAUCUAUUCUCAUUUUGAUGAUGGGAUAAUAAAUAUAUAAGUGUUUUUUUCUUUUGGAGGGUAAAGUGUUUGUUAUUUCUUGAGAUUUGUUAAACUGCCUUCGCAUAUAGGAUGAAUAAAGGUUUUAAUUUUUAUGCGCCAUUAUUUUAUCGAUUAUCUACAUCAUAUUUUUGCGCGGGGGUGGGUGGGUCGUUGGCGAGAGGCGAGGAGUUAAUACUGCUGGACUCUUUCGGUUUAUUCCAUUACUACGGUUGUUCUUUUUUUUUACUUCAUCUCAAACCAAAACCUGGAAUCACUUCAUGAAAUCUUUGAUAGUUAUUAUUGUUCCCUUGGGUUCCUAGUGGA